GGAAAACUGUGGGAGGACUUUGAGAGUGGCAGUGUGGAGAGUGUUCGCUACUGGGCAGAAGUUAACUAAUAAGUUAACACAUUUGAGGCGGUUAUUCAUGCUGGUGUUCAUCUGCAGUUUGCCACCCCUCAUUAAAACCACCGCGCUUUAAAUCGGGGCAUUUCCAUUGGUCUGGUCGCGCUAAAACAUCUGUGGAGCAGCUAGCUCGGGUAGCUAAUUCAGUCACUCGGAUUCAGAGGCGGUUUCUGUGCAGCUUCGUCUCAGCUCGUGUUAUGGCAAAUAGCACUUCAAAAACUGUGUACGAUAUAUUUCAGUCCAUGGAGUACGGAGCCUACAGCCCCAGCACUGCGGCUACUGCCCGGGCUUGGCUCGAGCGGCACUCUUAUUCUCUGGGUUUCUUCAUGGACGGGAAGUUUGUGUGUCCAGUGGACAGACAGACACACACUGUAACUGAUUCCACAGGUGGGACUGUCUGCAGUGUAAUCUGUGCAAAGGAUGAGGAUAUUUCAUCCUGUGGCUCCUCUGCAUCUGCAGGCUUUAAAACCUGGAGUGAACUGAGUGGCCACCGCAGAGCUAAAGUCCUGCUCAGGUUGGCAAGCACUCUGCAGAGAUACACUCAAUGUGUGAGUGAACUAUGUGAUCUGUGUCAGUCUCCCUGCUCUCUGCCUGCUCUAAUCAGACUGACCCAGUACUACGCUGGGUGGGCUCAAUUACAAGACACUCUCAUGCCUGAGUGGAUCCCAAGAGGUGUGGUUGCGGUGGUUGUUUCUGAUGACUGCUCAUUCCACUCCAUAUGGCUCAAGGUCUUACCGGCUCUGGCUAUGGGCAAUGCAGUCAUUAUGGUUCCUGGAGUGAAACUGGCCCCACCUACGCUCUUAUUGGCUCAGCUGUUCAUGGAGACGGCGCUUCCUGCUGGAGUGCUCAGUGUGGUGACAGGUGACACGUCUGUGGGAGCCAGAGUGGCUAAGAAUAACCAGAUCAGCUACCUGACCUACAGCGGGAGCCAGCAGGACGGAGAAGUAUUGGCUAAACAGACGGCUGGCUGGGGCCUCACCAUCUCCCUGUGUCUGUCUGUCAGUGCCGAGUGUCCCUUUAUCAUCUUUGAGUCUGCGGAUAUUGACAGUGCUGUUGAUGGAGUGAUAGAGGCAGCGUUCAAAAAGAAGAAAGAUUGGCAGUGGGUGCUGUGUGUUCAGGAGUCCGUGCUGGACAGUGUUGUGUCUAGACUGAAGCUGAGGAUAACUGGACUGAAGUGUGUCCCGCUCGGCAGUGAGUCAGACAGGACUCUGGUGGAUGUUGCAGUGCAGGAUGCUCUCCAGCAGGGGGCAACGCUGAUCCAGUCGUGUUCCCCGCCUGCCUCUGGUGCUCUGUACCCCCCUACAGUUCUGUGUGGACUGGCACCACCCUCCUCUGCUGCAGUCUCUCCUCCCCCAGGACCACUGCUGCCCCUGCUGUCCUUCAGGAGCGCCGCCGAGGGAGUUGCUUUGGGUAACCGCACUCCUCAUGGUCAAGCUGCCUCCAUCUGGACUGAAGAUCUGAACUUAGCUCUGGAGACUGCUAAGAGUUUGUGUGUAGGCUCUGUGUGGGUGAACAGUCACUCAGUGAUGGAUCCCUCACUCCCUCAGUGUGGGCGGAGAGACAGUGGAAACUGUACUGAUGGAGGCAAAGAGGGUCUGUAUCAGUUCCUGCGUCCCUCUCCCUCACCUGCACUGCCCCGCUCCACACCCACCUCACUGGACUAUGCCGCAUUUGGCACAACAGCAUCUGGGUUCAUGGUGCCUGAAGGCUUUGAUCCAUCUAGUGUCACUUGCUCAUGUUCCCAGUAUGUGGGUGGUAAACUGUGUAAGGCUGAUUCUGGCUGCAGUAGGACAGUGCAGGCCCCAGGGGGUGCUGUGUUGGCCCACUGUCCAGAUGGAGGCAGGAAGGAUGUCCGUAAUGCAGUGGAGGCCGCUCUGAAAGUCCAACCAGGGUGGCUGAGAAAAAGCCCAGCUGCUCGCGCCCUGUCCCUCUACUCCCUCUCUGACCAUCUGGAGAAGAGAAGGCGGGAGAUGGCUGCGUCAAUCCAGGCUCAGACCGGCCUCUCUAUGGAGGAGGCAGAUAAAGAGGUGGAGCUUAGCAUCUCCAGGCUUUCUGAUUGGGCUGCACGAUGUGAUAAACAAAGUGGAGGAAUGCCGCCGCUUCCGCAGACUGGCUCCGCUCUCUCAGCUCCAGAAGCUUUGGGAGUUGUGGGUGUUGUGCUUCCGGAUGCUAAGCCCCUGCUCUCGCUGGUGUCCCUGUUGGGGGCUGCGGUUUCCAUGGGUAAUGCGGUCAUCUUGGUGCCAAGUGAAAAAUACCCUCUUCCAGCUAUCGACUUCAUUCAGGUUCUCCAGGCCUCAGACAUUCCUGCUGGUGUUGUUAGUGUCAUCACUGGUAGAAGGAAUCAGCUGACCCAGGCUUUGGCCAAUCACAGCGAGAUACAGGCCAUUUGGUACUGGGGCAGUCUGGAGGGGUGUCAGUUUCUUCAGCACACCUGCAGCAGUCCUCUGAAGCGCCUGUGGCUGCACUGUGAGGAAGUGGAAGGUAAUGAUGGAGGAAAGUACUGGAGUCACUCGAGUCCCUCGCUACAGGAGGAGAUGUGGAGGGAGGCUGUGGUGUGGAAGAGCGUGUGGAUCCCCACCGCUUAGCAAUGGGAGAUUUAGCAGAAGCUUGAGUUUGGAGGUAGGAGGUAAAGAAAGAGUCAGAGAGAAAGGUAUCAAUGUCCAAAGAGUUAGAUUGACUGACUGACUGACUUGGUGGAAAAUGGUAAUAGUCCUUUUUACCAAAUGGUAAAACCCAUGGAAAUCAAAUACUUUUCGAUUUUUUUUUUUGAAGGAAAGUUCCCUAAAGUAUUAUUGUGAAUAAGUGAAUGAGAAUAUAUUUGGCUGUAUGAUUGUGGAAAGGGUAUUCUAGGUUCCUGUCGUGUUCUGAAAACUAUAAAAUGCACAGAGAGAGACGGUUUCUAAAGGCCACACAGUUAGGAAAAAAUGAAGAACUGAAAUUUUUUUGUUUUCCGUGUAGUAAAAGUAUUGAUUCCACUUUUCCCAUGAUAUAGUUUACAAUAGAGGGCUUGUUUCAAACCAGUUCACUAUGCAUUCCAAAUCUACCUCACAUGCUCCGGAACCUGGUAAAAACCGCUCUGUCUCAAAAGACUUUACCUUUGUUUAAGGAUACCAUCAAUAGUGAAAUAUUUAAUUUCCUUGUCCUUUAUCCACAGUAAAUUGUCCCAUGUAUAUGCACUUAAUACAUUCCAGUCUAGAGCAAGAAUUAAUAGGUGUCAUUUCGUGUUUUUUCAAAUAAAAUAUACCCUGAGGGUCUGUGUGUGUGUCCACACUUUAGUUCUUCACUGUCGGACUACAAAACUUAUGUAUUUACUGUAGUUACUGAAUAAUACAGUCUUUAAAAGUAAUAAGACUGAAUAGAGAGCCUAGAUUUUAGUCCUGAACUUUAUAUUUCCUGCCUCAUACAAUCAGAGGCUUAUUAUUUAGUAACAACACUGAAAACGGUGCCAACUGUCUGAACUGUUUUUAAAGGAAUAGUCAGAUUUAAUGAAAAAUAAAGUAUACACAAUUCUCCACUUGCCCAAGUCGUAGCUGAUUAGCCCGAACGUGUUCGCCGUCCAGAUUUUGUAAAGGCUACCGUUGCUAAUAAACACUAGAAGACACUAGUCACCCCAAUCUUUUCUGUAAAUACAUCCUCAAAACAUCUCUCAGCCAGGUCAAACCACAUCCAGGGCUUCAUGAAUGCCACAGACUUGUCUGUGUGCUUACUGUGAGCUGUUAGAAUGAACAGGUAUUCAGGUAUUACAACACAGCAGGCAGCUGCAUCAGACAACAAGUGCUGAGAAAAAAAAUGGGUGGCUAUUGACUUGUAGUGUUUAUUGGCACCGUUAGCCAUGUUAGCUAUAAUGCUAAACUUGAAAAGCUCAAACAUGUCUUGGCUGAUUGACUACAUCUGGCGUGAGCAGGCAUUGUGAUACAUUUGAUUUUUCACCAAACUAUUCCUUUAAGUUACAGGAGUCAGGAAUGGAGGCCUGGAUCACCAGUGGGUCCUGGGUGUUUAGGGUUUCGAUACAUGUUUCAGGUACUUGGUAUGAGCAUUGAAUAGUUAUUUAAAUGGAAAAAAUACUUUAAAACAUGUUAAUCACCAUCCAAAACAUAACAGAUCUUCUGUGGUCUGUGUGAUUAUCCAGCUUGUGUGCAUCUAAAGCCAGAAGGAAGUUUUACUCCUCGUUACUGAGAUUUUAGUCUAGAAUUGAAAGCCGUCCUCACACUCAAGAUUUAAGAUUCUGUAUUAGCUGUAAGCUCAAAUGCUUAGUAAGCUUGAAGAGAUAGUUUGCUGUAAUGCAUUGACAAUGUCAUUAUGAACUGUCAUGAGAUGUUUAGUUCCAUGUAAGGAUGCUCUGCCAUUUGUCAACUAGCCAACACUGCAAUCAAUUUUUUAGUAAACUAAGCCGUUCACAUCACUGUAAAACUAACGUGCCUUACUUGUGAAUGAGCUACGCUGGUUUUCACUUCCAGUUGAGAUCCUGUUUAUAGUUUUUUCCUGUUCUUGUGUAUGUGACUCAUUUCCAAAAGGACUUGAUCAUUUCUGAAGCGUUGAAUCGUGUGUUAUUAUGCCUUAACCAUAUAUCAUUAUUCCUUAUGUAAUAGGCCUAAAACUGCAGCGUUGACUGAUAUUUGUUUCAGACAUUCUGAACAACAACUGAUUUCAGCAAUUCAGCACUGAGGAAAUGCCUCAGAGUAUUGUGGCCCUUACAGAGCACUAGGGCCUUAUUAUAAUGCAGUAUGACUCACAUUUAGUCCUGGAGGGACUUUUACCUGCUUGAACACACUGGAUUCAUCCCAUCAGCUACUGAUCAAGCUGAGUUCUCAACAUCAAAAGCUGAAACAGGUUCAGAGCUGCACUGAAUGUCCAUAACAGGGCUGAAUACAAGUGAUUUCAGUCUUGAUGUAACGGUUACUAUUAACAUACGACCCAAACUGAAUGCUUUUUAUUUCAGUGAGUAAAGAUUUUAUAACAAAUUUAGAGCUUAAUAGUUGUAAGAAAAUAUUAAAGAGAUGUAACUGUUAUACUUAAAUAAAAUGUCUUCAAUAUGUGCAUCGAAA